AUGCCAGUUACACCGUUUGUCUUCCCGGGGAAUCCGAUGUUCCCUGAAGACGAGCUCGGGAAGGAGGGGGGGUUCAACCAACUGGAACAGUCUUACGAGGAUGACGACUCAGAUGAUAUGAGCGUGAGUAUCCAAGUCCGCGCUGUGUCUUGGACUAAGGUUCCAUCUGUUACCAACGUGCUGGACUUGAAUUAUGUUCCUGGCCAAUUUCAACACUCCGAUUUCGGUUCGAGUCAUGGCCAACUAGUGUGGUUUAAUGAGGUCGUCUCGGCGUUCACGAAGCUUGGCUUCCCACCUGGCGGGCCAGCGUUAUCGAGAGCUCGAUUUGUGGCUAUCCUUGAGAAGCUGUGCGCCGAUACCAACAGCGCCAGAGUUGUUCGUUACGAUCUGUUCAAGGCGGAGGUCCGUCCCCUGCUGCCGUUCUCGGAGGCUGAGAUAGUAAAGUACCGAGAGGCUUCCGAGGACUGUGAGCAUGAGCACACUGGUCGUGUUAGCCUCGCUGAGCUCAGGCUUGCACUGAAAGAUAUCAUAGCAUCAUUCGCCGAUGUCACUGAGAAUGAGCAUGAGUGCACAGAAGGAGCGGACCGGGAUGACUUCUCGAGAGAGGCUGGACUGUUCAUGUGUGGUGACACUGAUGGUGACAGGUCUUUGGUGAUGGGCUAG